CAACACGUGAUAUUAACGACAGAUUUUUCGGAAGAAUUAUUUCUUGGAAAUUUACGGAUAUUUAAAAUCAUCAUAAAUUAAUGAUGACAGAGUGCACAGGGGAAUUAAAUCCGUCAGUUUUGGGCACUCAGGAAUAUUGGGAGAAAACAUACUCUGUGGAGAUUGAUAAUUUUAAGAGUCAUGGUGAUGUUGGAGAGAUAUGGUUCGGGGAAGAUAGCGCUUUACGUAUCAUUAGGUGGGUAAGUUCGAGUCCAGAAAUUCUACAAACUAGUGACAAGAUUAUCGACGUGGGAUGCGGUAACGGAAUGAUGCUGGUUAAAUUAGCAGAAGCUGGAUUUACGAACCUGACUGGUAUCGACUAUUCUAAAAAAGCUAUCGACUUGGCCCGAGAGGUUACCAAUGAUAAAGGAUACCCUGACAUUAAAUUAACAGUGUGUGAUAUUUUGAGCGACCGCAUACGAUUGGAAUCAGAUUUUAAAAUAGCUCACGAUAAGGGCACUUACGACGCGGUUAGCUUGAGUCCCGAUAAUCCUAAGGAAAAAAAGGAAAGGUAUAUCCAAAGUAUGUACGAUCUUCUAGGACGAGAUGGCUUGCUUGUCCUGACAUCAUGUAACUGGACUAAAGACGAACUGCAGCAACAAUUCAACUCUCAUUUCGAGUUAAGUCACGUCAUACCGACACCAACUUUUCAAUUUGGCGGACAAACUGGCAACUCGAUUACGUCUUUGGUAUUCAGGAGAAGAUAACACGAUUUGAGGUUAGGAUGGGGACGAAUUUAUUGACGAAACCUCAUGGCGAAUUACGCAGUACAUUAGUCGAAAAAAUGUGAAACUUCGAGGAAAUAAAAGUAUUUCGACGCA